AUGAUGUUUCCGAGACUCCUGCAAACAAUCUGGAGACCAAAAUCUCUAAACACGGCUCUCAAUUCAAUCAAAUGUUUUAGCUCGAUAAACCCUAAACGAGUAGGGGUUUUCUGGGAUCUAGACAACAAACCACCGGCUUCAUUCCCGCCGUACGAUGCCGCCGUCAAGCUCCGAGCAGCCGCGUCAUCUUUCGGAUUCGUGAAACUGAUGGUGGCUUAUGCGAACCGUCACGCCUUCAGCUACGUUCCUUUAGAGGUUCGAGAAGAGAGGAAAGAGAGGAAAUUGCUUAACCAAUUGGAGAACAAGGGUUUAGUUCGAUCGCCGGAGCCUUACUUCUGCGGCGUUUGUGAUCGGAGAUUCUACACUAACGAGAAGCUAAUCAAUCAUUUCAAGCAGAUUCACGAAACGGAGAAUCAGAAACGUAUGAGACAGAUUGAAUCUUCUAAAGGACAUCAAAGAGUGAGGCUUGUUGCUAAGUACUCGAUGAAGAUCGAGAAGUAUAAAAGAGCGGCGAGGAAUGUUUUGACACCGAAAGAAGGUUAUGGAUUAGCUGAUGAGCUUAAACGAGCUGGGUUUUGGGUGAAAAUGGUGAGUGAUAAACCAGAAGCUGCAGAUAGAGCUUUGAAGGAACAUAUAGUGGAUGUUAUGGAUAAGAGACAAGUGGAAUGUGUUGUUCUUGUGUCGGAUGAUUCUGGUUUUGCAGAGAUUCUGUGGGAAGCUAAAGAGAGGUGUUUGAGGACUGUUGUGAUUGGGGAUUUGAACGAAGGAGCGUUGAAGAGGGUAGCUGAUGUUGGGUAUUCAUGGAAAGAAGUUGUGAUGGGGAAGGCGAAGAAGGAGGUCGAAAAAGUUGUGGGGAAAUGGAAGGAUAGAGAUGUGUUGAAAAAGUUGGAAUGGACUUAUGAUCCUGCUUUAGAGAAGGAGAAAAGUUCGUGCGGGGUUUGGGACUACGAGUUUGAUGAUGAUGAGAUUGAGAAUGGAACAGAGGUUGAAUCGGUGGAGAUUGGAGAUUGUGGUGAUUGGUGGGAGAUAGAUAAUGAUGAUGAUAGUGUUGGAUCUUCGAGACCUUGUCGAUAA